UUCACUGUUUAUAAUGGUUGUUUGGUGCAGAUAGCCUCAUUACUUUGCGCCAUAAAGCACUAAACAACCAACCAGUUAAAUGUAGUCAUGUUGAGGCACAUAUCAUGUGCGUCAUUGUAUAUGACGUCAUAGCCGACAGUCAUGGCGGUCCCUGUUUUCGUAGAAAUAUUAUGUCAUAACUGUUUGUCUGGUAUCGAACUAUAAUUUCAACCCUUUGUGGAACUAUGACGUUAUGGUCGCCUGUUGUGGCGACCUAGCAACACGUCCCUAACAAUGUGCACUUUAGGGGACAAUUGAUGGAAUUAUGACGUCAUCACCCCUCCCUGCGUCCAACACACGUGUGGCGCCUUCUGGCGGCGUGCUGUGUGGGUGUGUUUUUCUCAUAGGAAAGCCAAAUCGGGCUAUAUGCUAUGUCAACCGAGAGGAAUCGAACCCCAAAUUUUAGCGUUAUAGAUCCGUAGACUUACCGCUGUCCCAGCGUGUGACGCCGUGCGGGUGGCUCUCUAACUACUGUCAUGUAAACUUAGGCGGCAUCGUUUGAUCCUGUGGUAUUAUGAAUAAUGUUCUUAAAAUAACUGUCAGAAAGAUUAUUUCUAGCCUUGAAGGUUCCUGCGUCUGUGUAAUUACAAAACUUGAGUGUUUAAAAAUAACUAUCAGAAAAAAUAUUUCUAGCCUUGAAGGUUCCUGCGUCUGUGUAAUUACAAAACUUGAGUGUUUAAAAAUAACUGUCAGAAAAAAAUAUUUCUGGUCUUGGAGGUUCCUGCGCCUGUGUAAUUACAAAACUUGACUGUUUAAAAGUAACUGCGACAGGGUUAUUGUGAGCUCUAAUUGGUAAACGUGAACUUUAUAACUUUUAUAAAUUGGUAAAUUACUCAAUAUCUAAAUUACUUUUAGAAAUGUUUAAUUAAUUGAGUAUAUGUGUUUACGGCGCAUGAGACGUAAAGGUUUGGCUGCUUUUAAUAAGUUAUUUGAUAUGUUUAAAAAUGCUUUUUUAAUUACUUACUUGAUAUGUUUAAAGAUGCCUGUUUAAUUACUUACUUUCUAUUUCUAAUGAGAGUUAGAUACAUAAAAUGGAUUUUCUUAUUGUGUGAAGGAUAGAGUUCUUUAUAUUGUAAUACAAUGCCAUAUUCAGCUCAGCUAGAUAUCUGACAUAAUUAGUGUGGUACAUCUCGAAGUCAAGACAGUAAAAAUCGGUGUCUUCAAUAUCCAUAAAUUUCAACGGCAGAAAAGCUAGCCAGGUCGAGGGAUGAACAUUAUUGCUUUCUUAACGGUUCUGAUCGUUCUCGUUCAUUUUGUUGCAGUACUACCCAUCAUAAGUGAAAAAGGUAACGAUAAGAGCCACCAUAUUCACCAGUCAACUUUAAUUCGACAAAAGAAUUUAUACAGAGCAAGAAACUCUAGGCUAAUCCCCAAGCUUUUGGUACCUCUAAACGAGUUUCAUCUGUUCAAGUUUUUGUUGAGAAGAAUGGAAAAUAAAAACCACAAAAAGAAAAUGAUUAAAAAACUGAAAACGAAAAUCCAUAACAUUAAGAGAGGUGUUUUGUGCAAGAUUAAAGUUUGUAUAAUGACGUCUUGGGCAGUUCCUAAAGAAAAAGUUCAACGUAAACGCCAUCAUCUUCGUUAAUUUAUUUGAAAUUUUGCGGCCUUCUUUAUUGGUCUUUGUCGUUUGUUUUACGAAUCAUGCGAACCAUUCAUCGUGCUGUGUUUUUUGUUUCCCCAGAUAUCGAAGUUGGUAAUUUUUUUUUGCGAACCAUUCAUCGUGCUGUGUUUUUUGUUUCCCCAGAUAUCGAAGUCGGUAAUUUUUUUUCGCGAACCAUUCAUCGUGCUGUGUUUUUUGUUUCCCCAUAUAUCGAAGUUGUAUUUUUUUUAAACAUUUUAUAGAUUCUGGCUAUUUAUUUUAAUUAGCUGUUAUCAUAAGUUCCUUCUUUUUCAGAGGCCAACUAUGCUGAAACAACAAAAAUAUGCCAUGUAAAUGUGAAAGCUAGUGUUAAAAAAUUUAGAAAUUUUGAAUAACCUUUCCAGCUUUUAGCAAGACAACGGCAACAUAAGGCGUUUUUUUAAGUUUUUCAAAUAUAAAAGAAAAUAUAUAUAAAUAUAUCAACAUAUAAAAAAGCAAAGUUAUAUUAGAAACCAAUUCGAAACACUGUA